UUCUUCGUCACUGGUUCGAUAUUCAGUCCGCAGAAGAAACGGCACGGCGAUCCGAAAGAUAAACAGAGGCACGGAAGACAGAGGAACUGAAGGCGGAAAACACAAGACAUAAGACAGAAAAUAACAAAAAUUGAAUUCUAUAUACGCGAGAUGUGUAUAUGAAGGCAGUUCCUGCUCUUAGACCGGUCGUCGCAAUAUCUUCGUCGUGUUCCAAAGUUCAGUGAACGAGAUUGGGAGAGCGAAUCGCCCAGGGAACAGGGGGGAGAGCGGGAAAAGAGUUUGUAGCCUAAUCCGAAUCCUGUCGAGGGAGGGAAGAAUCAGGAUCGCCUGGAAGAUCUGUUGUAAUGGUGCACAGGCGUUGGGUAUUCUCUGAGCGCGGCGAGGAUCCCAAUUUCAGGAAGGAGCACUACGAGUACACCCAAAGCCAGCACCGAUAGGACGGCGCA